CAUGUGGCACUUACAGGAGGGUCACUUGUCAGCAGCCCUGGAGGCAGCUGGGAUAGGAGAGGAGCGUUCAGGAGGGAGGAAGGGCGUGCUUGUGCUUGUUUUGUGUCGGCGAGUGGACUCUGUUGCCAUUUAUUUGCAUCGCCUUCUCCCAGCUUCUCUCUUCCCCAGCCCUUGUUCUAUUUCGCUUUCUGUUUGCGAGUUGAAGGCCUCCCUCUCUCUCUCUCUCUCUCUCUCUCUGUUCUGAGGAUUCUCGUCGUGCUGGUGGUGGACGUUUCUUCAUUCAGCACACUGUCGUGGCUUCUUUCGAUUCUUUUAUGACAGGUUAGGUCAUUUCCUGGUCUGUUACACCGUCUUUAAAGACAACCAUUAUCCCGGUCAGCCGUGAUCAUCUUGAAAGCGUGUGAUAUCUUGCGGAGGUAGAAGACAGCCUCGCAGGUCUGAAAUAGGAUCAUAUAGAUUUAAGAUAAGAUGGAGUGGAUCAAGAAGCAUUUUCCAGGAGGCCAUGGAGACUCUGAAAUGUCAGUUUCUGACAAAUGGAUGGGGAGCACGACGCAACAUCAAGGCGAGAAAGCCUCGUCAAUAGUACAAUCUAGGGUCGAGAAAGACAAUGCCAAAGAGUCCGAGGAGACCAAGGCCAAGCUUGAGUCGCUUUCAAGAUGCAAAUCAUUCGCACCGCCAUCGCAAUCGGCCUCUGAUCUAGCGAGAUCACAUUCCAUGAGCGUUGUCAUGAAGAAGGAUUCGGAAGAAGCUAAAGACGACGAUACCCCUCUUGAUCCCAGGGAAGAAUGCUUGGUUACGGUGCCCGAUGCUAUUGUGCACCUCGUGGAUGACCAGCAGAGCCCUCACCUGGCAACUGCCCAUUUCUCAGUGGUGCGUAUUACCCAGAAGGGUAACGGUAUUGUGGUGCUGGUGCGUGUGGGAGAGGACUUGCACUGGCCUUUGAUGAAGGAUAUGCCCACUGUCAAGCUUGACCCCACACAUUACUUCUUCACGCUUCCUGUUCCAUCUUCUAUUGAUGCUCCCGAAGACGAGAGCAAAUCCGAGGGUCACUGUGAGAAAAACGGAUUUGAAACGCUGAAUUACGGAGUUACGUUUCCAGACCCUUCAAAUCACGAGCAAGCAUUGCAUGAGCUGGACAGUUUGUUAGCAACGUACACGUCCUUUUCAUCUCCAACUCUUGUACAAGGUGAUCAACGCAAGGAAGAAUUCGCACAAACCAACAAACACUUGUCACUGAACAAGAAGGAGAAAACCGAAACUGACGUUGCUACUCGUGUAAACGAGGGCAACAAAGAUUAUCGUGGCAAACUAGUUCCCAAGAAAGUCCUAUCUGGUGAGGAGCAACAGGUGACUGUGACGGAGGAGAAUCAGAGUGCUUUCUGGACCACAAUGGCGCCUAAUGUAGACGACUAUGGGUCUAGUGCUGCAAGAGCAAUUGCAACUGGGUCAGGCCACGUUAUCCGUGGAAUUUUCUGGGUGCGGGAUUCCACUGUUGCACAGCUGGAGAGUGGCACACUGUACCUGCAGAGCAAGAUGAACCCUUUGGACAAGCCUAGCAAUAUCAGUCCCAGAACUCUCAGAAACUUGAAACGGGUGCGGGAUAUGUCGCGGGCAACAGAGAAUGUAGCGAGGAGUGUGCUGCUGGGCAUAGUUAAGACAGCAGGAUUCUUUUCGGGGUCGCUCAUCAAGUCUAGAGCUGGAAAGAAGGUGUUCAAGUUGAUGCCUGGUGAAGUGGCUCUCGUUUCGUUAGAUGCCUUCGGCAAGUUGUUUGAUGCUGUGGAGAAGGCAACUUCAGAUGUCCUAGAAUCCACGUCGUUGAUGACGCAAAAUGUGAUUGCGCACAGGUACGGAGAGUCGGCGGGGCAGGUCACGCAAGACACAUUCGCCACAGCAGGUCACGUUGUGGCAACAGCUUGGACGGUUGCCAAGCUUCGGAAUGCAUUAAACCCGAAGGCAGGAGCAAGACCCCUGACCAAAACCGGCGUGAUCAAAGGCCUAGCCAAGAAUGUUGUCAAGGGAAAACAACCUACUACUUAAUUCAUUCCGAAACCUGGGGAUGAUUGUCUUACUGCGUGGCAGUGGAUGUGUACUGGCGAGCUUGGUAAAAUAGUUUGAGGGUAGAGUUUCGUCUCCCAACGUGGCACAUUACCAUUUACUUUAGUAUACAUGGUUAACAUGGGAAUUACAAAAAAAACGUUUUGGAGGUAUAUGAGAAGAUAUGAGGAACUUAUACCGCUCUUAGUUUCUGACAGCAUUAAAUUUACAUAGUUCCUAUUCACACAAGUAGAAUAUAAGUUAUAGGAUUUAGAAAUUUACAUGGUAGAAUUCGACAACACAUAAAUUCUUUGGACAAAAAUGAAUUUGUAGGGCAGCUAUUUAUUGUUUCCCUCAAUCAUGUAAUAUUGUUAAAAGUAGAUGUAUUUGACAGUCUACUCUACACAGUAAUACCACAGCUUAAUGACCAAAUUGCCAAGAA